ACCAGCUAACCUGGGUCUCACCUGGCUAAAUCGCAUGAGAGAUUACCCACGGAGUAGCACAUUCAGCUCAGCGCUCAGUCUGAACCUAACAUAUUUUACCAUGGCUGAAUCUGUGCAACAUAUUUUCAACAAUUUACUGAGCACAUUGAAGCCGAGCAACAAGAACAUUAAAUCCGCUCAUAUAAACUUUUCUCGUGAUUAUUUUGCUGAGCGGAAUGCAGAUGAACAGGUGUUAUACUGGCACUGCAUGCUUCAGCUUUGGAUAGCUUUUAUCUUUAUGGAGUGGCACAUAAUGAUAGCUGAACUGGUUACAGUUUGUAAAGUGGACGAAGCAGACUUUGAAGCUCGCACCUUGUACGGAACAUGGAAGUGA